AUGUUGGAAAUCAAAGAGAGCGUCACUUGUGAAAACAGGUCGCUUGAUGAUUACGUGACAACGAAUGCCAUCGACAAAGACACUGAAUCUAUGUCACGUGAUGAUGGUACAAGUAAAGACAAUCUCGAUCAAGCGUCACACCCUCUUGAAAUGCUCUACAAUUCCUUAGUGACGCCUGUCCUGACACAUGUACAACACGACGAGAUUGUCAUAGUACCKGAUGGACCAAUGUACAGAGUACCGUUUGCUGCCCUCAGGGAUCCCAAUACAGGACAGUAUCUGUCAGAUACCAAACGCAUUCGCCUUGCGCCAUCAAUAGCAAUAUUAAAGGCUCUAAAUGAAUGUCCAGUUGAUCAUCACAGCCAAAAAGGAGCGUUGAUUGUAGGAAAUCCUAGUGUCGGAGAGGUGAUGUUCAGAGGCAAGAAACGAGUGUUUGAACGUUUACCUUCAGCAGAAACGGAAGUCAGCUUUCUUUCAGUUACGCUUAGACAGUCGACCACACUGACUGCCGAACAAGCUACCAAAGCUGUUGUGUUAGAGAAGUUGCGAGAGGGAUCAGCUAUAAUUCACAUUGCUGCGCAUGGUAGCUCUGAUAAUGGUGAAAUUGCGUUGGCACCAAAUGUCUCACCAGAAAGACAAGGAAUCCCAGAAGAAGAUGACUACCUGUUGACGAUGAGGGAAGUCCAAGAAAUCGGAAUCAAAGCUCAACUUGUUGUGCUUAGCUGUUGCUAUAGUGGCCGUGGAGAGAUUAGGGCUGAAGGCAUGGUUGGACUAAGUCGUGCUUUCCUAGCGGCCGGUGCUCGUUCUGUCGUAGCGUCACUGUGGGCAAUUGACGAUACAAUAACUUUGAGUUUCAUGGUGAGUUUUUACAGUUAUCUGACUCGAGGUGAAAGUGCGAGUGUAAGUCUUCAUAAAGCUAUGCAUGAUAUUAGAAAAGAAGGCCACAGGAAUCCCAAGUACUGGGCUCCUUUCUUCUUGAUCGGUGAUGAUGUCAUCCUCAAAUUGAGGUAACUGAUUUAUACGCACAGACACAGAAGUGUUAAAGAGGAAAAUUUCAAAUGAGUACAAACAUUAAGUGUGUGCAACACUUUCC